AUGCAGCAGGAAGCUGAGCCUGCCGUUGCUGAUAACUGCGGCAUGGGCCCUGUUAAGAUUCAGGCAGCUGCAGCAGCAGUAUGCCCACUAGAAACUGCAACAUAUCCCGUACUGGAGGAUGAAGACAAAGCAGCAGCAGCAGCAGCAGCAGCAGCUGGGGAGCGCAGCAAAGCAGCAGAAAAAAAAGAGCAAAGAGGCGCGAAGCUGAUUGCGCGUUUUGAAGAAGACUACGAUGAAGAACUGCAGUUUGCUUCAGCUGCUAACGAAGGGGCAAUGAUCCUCUACGAGAAUAAAUUUGAAUAUACACCGGGAAAACAACAAAUUAGGAAACGAUGCACAUUGCUACAAAUUGAAAAUUUUCAGCACAGUCGCAGCAACUGCACAGAUAUAGUUCAGUUGAACAGAAAGGCAGCAACAGCAACAGCAGCAGCAGCAGCAACAGCAACAGCAACAGCGCGCUUGCGGUUCUCUCCUCGUCUUCCUCCCUGGACAUUCGCUAACUGCUUUCCAGUACAGCAGAUAUAUGCUUCUUCUGGUUAUAAACCUGUAGCUGUCUGCAGCAGUAACGAGUCAGGGGUCUUGCUGCUGCUGCUGCAAGCACCUUCACAGCAAUCGUCUGGCCGCCUUGUGCAUUGCCGCUUCCCUUCGGUGGUGCGGCUUCAAGAACAUGAACGUUGGUUGGCUGCUGGAGCACUAACUGCUGCAGAAGAAGCAGCAACAGCAACAGCGGCAGCAGCAGCAGCAGCAGCAGCAGCAGAAGCGGCUGUAGCACCUUGUCUAACUAAAGAAGUGCUCAGCUUUAGGACCUCCCUUCAGCCAAUGCACCAAUCCAAAGGAGCGAUGGCCUUAGUCUGCACACGGGGAGAAAUCUUCCUCUUAGUAGCCGAAGGCAAACAACAACAUAAACAACAGCAUACACUUGAACAAGAGGGCCAGCAUAAACAACAACAGCAACAGCAGCAGCCGCAGCAACAACAGCAACAGCAACAACAUGAAUGGGAACAGGAUCGCAAACAAAAAGCUGAGGAUCGGCAGCAGCAACAUCAACAGCAGCAAGAACAGCAGCAUGAACAGCAACAUGAAUAUGCAUGCAAAGCAAAGACAGCCCCAAGGCUGGUUGCGUGUUUGCUCAGCAGCAGCAAGGCCUGCAGCAGCAUCGUCAGCAGCAGCAACACCACAGAGAGCAGCAGUAUUAGCUCGUGCUGCAGCAAAAUGGAAAACAUUCUUGAAGAUCUCCCCAGAUGGCCGCAGAGUCAAGAAGAUGCAGCAGCAGCGCCGCCUCUCCGCUGCUUCUUUAGCGCAGCAGCAGACGAGCAAAGCCAGACCCUCAUUCUGUUUGGUGGUGCAGCAGCAGCACUCGGGGGAUCCAACGAUGUACGAGCCAUCAACCCCUGCAGCAGUAGCAGCAGCAACAGCAGCGACAAUAACGGCAGCAGCAGCAACACCAGGAACGACAUCUACAGCAGAAACCCCAACAGCGGCAGCAACGCCACCGCCGGCAUCAACAACACCAGCAGCAGCAACAUCAACAACAGCAACGCCAGCAGCAGCAGCAGCAGCAGUAAAGAUUCAUUCUUGCCUGCCUCUUGGGAAACUUUGGACGACCUUUGGAUUUUCUGCUGUCGGUCUCGCCAGUGGCGGCAAUGCCCUCGCGAGCAGCAGCAGCCGAAGUCUGUGACGUUUGCUGCAGCAGCAGCAGAUGCAGAAGGAGCAACAGCAGCAGCAGCAGCAGCAGACGGAUUGGCUAGUUACUCUCUCCCCCGAAGAAGACGCAUCCUGUGGGCCCCAGCCCUUGCGGGGCACUCUGCUGCAGUGUACAGAGGCAGCAUGUUUGUCUUUGGCGGUUACAAACAGCAGCCAGCAACAGCAACAGCAGCAGCAGCAACAGCUGCAGGAAGAGCGUGGGUGCCUCGUUCUGAUCGGGGUAUAUCUGUAUCCGAUCUAUGGCGCUACAACAUCAAACAAAAUGCAUGGAGCUGCGAGAGAGCAGCAGGAAGGGCCCCCAUGCCUCGUUAUUUGCAUGCAAGUGCUGUCAUCGGCAGUUUCUUGCUAAUAUACGGAGGACAGACAGCUGGGGGGCCCCUCCCUCUCGACGAAAUAAUGUUUGCUGCAGAUAUAGGGGCCCUCAACCAACUCAGCUGGACGCGAGUUACUCUCCUUGAAGCACCUCCUCAACCCCAGUUCUUCCUAGGAGCAGCAGCAACAGCAGCAGGAGCAGCAGCAACACCAGCAGACUGUUGCUACUGUAGUGCUGAAGAGGGGAUAGCAGCAGAUGCGUUGUUCAUCUGCGGGGAGGGGGGAAGUUAUUUAGUUGCGUUAAAGGAAAUAGAAGCGGCGGCAGCAGCAGCAGACAAAGCUGCAGCAACGAGAGAAUGCUGGGGCCCCCUCGAACAAAGAAGGCGAACAGACGAAUCAGAAGCAACAAAGCAGGCCACCAAACAAUUGUUGCUGCAGCAGCUGCUGCAGCAGCAGCGCCUGCUGCAGCAGCUGCUGCUGCAAC